GAAUAAAUUUUUUUAGCGAAUAAAAUUACGACAAUACUCUCUUAAUUUGCAAGUAAGGAAAAGCCUAAGCCUAAAAAUUCAAAUUGCGAAGAAAUGUAAUGUGUAAGGAUGGAAUUUUUUAGUCGGAGUUGCAUAAAAUGAAUCAGCCCAAGACAGUGCUAAUGCCCACGCAGAGUUCUUUGGUUGGGCGUAAUUCGCCCAACAGGCAAAACAGGCACCGCGGAGCGUUGAGAAAAAUGGGGGGUCUAAAAAAGUGGGGGGGGGGCUAAACCGUAUAAAAAGAGGCUUUUCUGGUAGUUUGAUACUUAAUAUUUGGCAUUAAAAUUUGGCUUAAGCCCACCAUCCAGCCCCCCUGCUCCGUGGUGCCUGAAAAAUAUCUUGUGAAAAUCUCGUGCACCUUUGGUAGAAAUCCUAUUGAAUUUUAGGAAACUCCAUGUUAUUAAUUGAAAUCUCGUACGCUUUUUCCAGGAAUGAAUUUCCCCUCGGACUAGUGACUAGUUCAUACUUUUUCGACAUCAAUAUCAGACAGGGAUCUUGCCUCAUUCAGAGUAGAGGGGAAACAAAAUUGCACGGGUCACAACCACUUAAACGGGCAUCCCCUGGUCUCUUCUAUGCGAUGAUGCAACUGUGUCAUUAGUUUUUCACACUCUUUCUGGCGUUUUUGAAGGCAAUGUUUUCUGCUGCUCAAUGGAGACGGAUUAAUUAAAAAUAGGUACGGAAAAAUACUUUUUUGUUGUUAUUCUUGGUUCGGCUAAUCGAAAACAAGUGCAGAUAAUAAUUGUUCUUAUGUCCAAGGCGGCCAGUUCAUCGACGGCCAGUUAAUCCAGGUUAAUCGAAGAACGGUUAUCGGGGAAGCACUUUAUUGUAUCUAAAGUGCUAGAAAUUCAGCUUACGUGAAGACAUUUAAUUUAUAAUGGACCAACUGGGACUGACAUUUUUCGAAUGCCAAAAGCACUGUGCCGGAUACAUUUUAUCCGCAUAAACUUGUUCGGAUUGAUUUACUUUUAUACCGUGCCGGAUAACUGCACGUGACCUAGAUCGUGCACAGAACGGCACAGUGUAAACGGGGUCUAAACUUCAAAUAGCGACUAGAGAUAGAAAGAAAAACGACAGGAUCAUUUAAGGGCAAACUACACUGGGUACCAGACACAUUCUUUAUAGAGUUAAUCUGGUAUACAGGGGCCUUCCUUAAUACGUCAACAUAUGCGAUUUUCUGAUAAGCUAUCGGUCUUCCACAUCUGGCUUACUAUCUUGUAAAAGCCAAUUUUUAGUUAUCAAUUAUCACUAUCAUUGUUUUUGCUCAUUUAAAGGAAGUGUUCAAUAAAUCAUUGAUAAAAGUUUUCUAGUGUUAAAUUCAAAAAAGUUCUGGUAUUAUUUUAAUUCUAUUAAUAUAAAUUGCUGCAAUCGUUUUCCGGCCCCAUUUCUCUCAGGAACGUUUGUUCCCUAACUUUUUAUAAUCAAGUGUCCAGAUUUUAAAGGCAAUCUGUCACGACGUUGAUUGGGUAUAAGAACAAAGGGAUUUUUAUUGUUUCCAGUCCCCCUUUAAUUUAUCGCAUUGUAAAAAAAAUGGCGGAGCGCUGGAAUCGUGUUUAGGCUAUUGUUCCAGCUAUUGUUCUCGUUAACCAAUCCACAACGAGAUAGAUUGCCUUUAAGAUAGGCUGGCAUCUAGUGAUAAUCCCAAUUGUCUUUUUAGACUGUACAAAAAAUCUCUGUGAAGAAUGCUACAGAAUUCGAUUAGCCUAAGCAUUUAUUUUAGACAGAAUACUGAUUCAACUGAAAUAAAAAACUUUUGUCUGUCUUUCAUACAGCCCAACGCUCACCAAUCACAACCUCGAAGUGAUGAAGGACGAAAAUGGUACCAACGAGCUAACAAAAAACUUAACGCAAGUUGUGACUGGAAUACUGAGUGAAAUGACAGGACGUAAUGCGCCUAAAAAGGAAUAUACUGGCUUAGGGCUCUCGCCAACGACAAUCAUCAUUGUAACUACUUUCCUUUGUUUCGUCAUUGUGGUUGCCGUCGUUGGCAAUGUCAUAGCAUUGGUGGCCCUUCACGUCUGCCGUGAACUACGAGACACAACCUGCUAUUUCAUAACAAACCUGUGCAUUUCUGAUCUAUUGGUGUCUUUUCUGUCUCUUCCAUUUUGGAUUUCAUUUAUUCAAAGUGGAUGGCCUAGCAAGGAAGAUGGCUUGGUCUAUAAACUAUGGAUAUGUCUAGACAUUUUUUGUGGCUCCUUCUCGAUUUCAAAUUUGGUUCUUAUAAGCAUUGAAAGAUAUAUCUACAUUGUGUACCCGUUAAACUUUGAAAGCAUCAUCACCAAGAGGCGAGCCAAGUGGCUCACUGCUGCGACACCCGUGUACGGAAUCAUCGCAUCUAUGAUUGGUUUUGUACGAAUGAUGGCAAAAAACCCUUACUUGAUCAUUCCUGUUGUUUUCCUCACAUAUGUCAUCCCUGUGGCAGUGAUGUGUUUUGCCAAUGGGAAUACCUACCUAGUAACGAUGUCUCACUUCAAGUUUAUAGAGCAGCAAGAGAAGGACAGACGUCGCCUCAUUUCUCUUGGUAGAGUGCAACUGCCGACUGGAAAAGCACAAACAGCAACCAAGCAACAACAAGGGGACAAAGAGGCCUCUUUGAAUAAGAAUAUGCCAAAAAAGGGUUCUAGAUGUUUUUCACUGGAAAGCAGAACGAGGCAAGAAACCAUUGCCAUUGCUGAUGAAAACGAGACAUCUAAACAGCAUUUACAUGAAACAAUACCCUGUUUGCUUGAAACGAAGACAAAGUCACAGCUUGCCCUCAUAAAGAUAGAAGGAAUAAAGGAAUGGGAGGACUACGUAAGCCAAAUAGAAAGCUCAGGAAAAAUGCGCAACAGAACGGACGAGACCGAGGAAGAAGAUGAGCAUGGACUUGGAGAUAGCAAAGAUGAAAAGGUACUUUGCAGCAACGAUUGCUGCCAAGAAGAUGGAAAUGUUAACAGAAAGGGCCAAGGGAAAAUCGACGAUGAGAGAGUUGCACUUCCCAAGAAGAAGAAACAAGCUGCUAGCAGUGAUCGUUUCAAGAAGGAGCAAGAGAAAGAAAAGUUAAAAGAAGAAUUGCCAGAAUCAGGAAACACUGUAGUAACCAAAAGCCGUUGCAUGUGGCGCCUGCGAGGGAUCAAACGCGAGCUGAAAGCAGCAAAAGCUAUUGCUUUAAUAAUUGGGACAUUUUUGUUGCUAUGGACACCAUUCAUGGUAGUGGUCCUCCUAACAGUUUCAAUGUACAAGUCAAGUUUAAGACAGCCAUGAUUGUCAAGUGCUUGCACUACACUAACAGCGCCAUAAACCCGAUUCUUUACGUGGCAUUGAACAAAAUCUUCAGGACAACGCUGCGACGGCUUCCCGGCAAGGUUAAGAUAUAAAGCAGAAUUGGUGUUGGAAAAAACGAGAAAAAAAAACGUGGGUCAACAUUCACUUUAAUAAUAUCGAAGAUAAUUUACAAAGCAAGUUAAGAAGAAGCUUCGGGACCCGAAGUCGAGAUUUGAUAAUAAUUCCUAACGCGAUGUUAUACUUGAAUAUUUUUGCCUUGAUUAAAGAAUGGUCGAGAAACUGUGCGCCAAUCAGGCAAAUAUCAUGAUCACUAAUAGGGACUUCUCUUCAAUCUCGAUUGUAUAUAGGGCUUAUAUUUACCUUACCGUUAACAGCCAAUCCAGUGACUUAUUAAGAAAUUGUAAAUAAAUUAAAACACAUUCCUCGCUGUAAAUCUUAAAUUGUUAAUAUGAAACUCAGAGGUAAGAUGAACACAAGUGCAUGCUUUUGAAACCUUUAUAAAGAAGAAAAAAUACCUUCCUUUUUCAAAAUUUUUCAUUUUCUGUAGCAACCCUGUGAAACAAGCCUGGUAGAAACCCUUUGUAAGGGAAAAAUUUCACGACAGGGGAGUCCCUUUCAAAAAUCGAAUGACCCAGAAAAUUUUUCCUUCCCUAAUGUCCCCUGGCAGUUGUGAUUUUGGACACUAGUUAAUUUUGCUUCCCUCUUUUGUCCGACGUUCAAUCCACUGCUAGCCCAAGAAAAAUUUUGCUACCCUGCCAAAUUUACCUGCUAUCUGCUAACCCCCGUGAAAAAAAUUACCGUGCUUGUUAGACUGGGUGUUCUGUAAAAGGGGCCUAUCUUUCGGGAACUAAAGUCGAAAGGAAAAUUUGCGUCAACUUCCUAGUCCGUAGACACUCUAAAGGCACCACAAACGUCUUGAGAUUUCUAUUGAAAAAUGUCAGCCGAGGAAAGAUCUAGAGACCAAAUUUCACAGGAUUGAACCCCAAAAAUCGGUCGGAAAUACUAUUAAGAAAUUGAAGCUUAAAACCUCCAAUAGGACCUCUAGAGCAAUUUUAAACUUAGUAGCAGGGUUUCAAGACUGUGUAUGUUAUUUCAAUUGAUGAAGUCUUUAUAUGAAGAAAGCUAUUGAAAACCUACCCCCAUCUUUAGGAAAGCAAAAGGCAUAUCAAACCCUUGAGCACUGCAUUGAUGGAACGUAUCCAUCGAUUCUUUGUGUAGCUUGUAACUUGCAUCGUUACAGAAUGUACGGAAUAGAAACAAGGAUGACGACAGAGAGAGACAUCUUGUUUAGCGGUUUUCCGACAUUUUUUAAACUUCCAACCGACGACUCAUGUUUUACUGGUUAAAAUUUUAAGCAUUUUAUCAUAUUUGUAACACAAAGUGUGGAAGGGCGGGGCAUUAUUUAUAAAUUUUGACUUUCGAUAGUAGAACCAAUAUAACAAUACACGCUUUUUUAUAAAGGAACUAUUUCAUUAGGAACAUACGUAUUAGAUGGCAAAAAAGUUGAAGAACUGUUGAUACAAAAGAAAAAAAAUCCGUAAGGAACCUUUCAUUUUUGAAUAUUUUAAUGAUUGCAAGCAAUAAAGAAUUGGGAAAUCGGUUCCAUUCAAUUGGAGUUGAAUACCACAAAAAUUGUGUGUUACGAAAGUAGCUAUAAAGUGUUUGUUAGUUUGAUUUCAAGUGUUUCAUUUGUCUUCUUUCACUUUUUUAUAAAUACAGAAACAGAUUUUGAUUUGUUAUGUGCAAUUUUCAUGGCACCAAAUGUGCAGAUAGUUAAGGAACUAUUAAGGAACUUGCAGUACCACAAUUGGAUAAAAAGAGGUUCAAAUAUAACAAGGAGCGUCAUAAACUAGGCCUCGAGCUGGGUUUCUUAUAAAAAAGCGUGUAUUGCUAAGGCGCAGGUAGCUACUGUAAUGUAUUAAAUUCGGCAUUUGCUUGCUGUUUGUUUGAAUAAAGAAUCACUAUGAGCGGGACGAGUUUCUUUCUUGUAGAAUUUAUCUUCGAAAACAAGCAAGUUAAAAGAGAUACUAUAAUUCUAGUGAUGGCCACGCCUUCAGACAAACAAGGUAACUUAGCAUAUGAUAGUGAUCUGCUGAUUAGUAAGUUUUAGAUGCGUAAUUUAAGAAUGAUGACAUCAUUGGAAGACAUAAAAAGGAGAAAUCAGGAUGACGACAAAGAGAAACAUCUUGUUUAGCGGUUUUUCAACAUUUUUUCUAUUUCAAACUGACGACUUAUUAAGGAUAUAGCAUUUUGAGACCAAGGGUGAAUUUUAAAAAUAUUAACAGGAGGCCUACAAGGGCAAUUUAUGAGGAAGGACGUGGUUACUUAUGACAACACCCAAAUCUAAAUAGUUGGAAAUUAGCCAAUGCUUCAGCACGCAGAUUGUAUAGACUAUUACAAAAGUCUUAAUAACCAAGGAAAACUUGCAAGAUAUCAUCAUAUGAAAACUAUAUAGUCAAGGUUGCUAGUCCCAGAUAUUAACGACCACAAAUCAGUAUCAACUGUUCUUAUCCAGAUUAUCAGAGAGCAUGGCUAGUAGUGUUAAGAGUGUUAAGGAAUAUCCUGGUAUUAGCCUCUUCAUGGUUGCAUGGUGCAAAAGAGGCUAAGCUACAUUAUCGCAGAUUAGGUUUUCAAGAGAUAUUGCAAUAAUGGCAUUAUUGUUUGUAUUUUGCUUUCCAAGCUCUCAUGCCAGCAUUGUAAAGAGUUUUUCUUUGUUCAUGUAAUCUCGAAGGAAUUUACGCCAAUGCCAAUAGGUGUUAAAUCAACAUUAGAUACCCUUAUACCACCUCCUUUUUUCCCUAGCUUCAAUUUUGAGACAGUUUAGAAAUCGCACUUGGGGCCAUUUUUCAGCUGGGGUCUGCAUCCUAUCUAUUUGAGCAUAUCAAACUGCCAAACUCUACCAUCUUCCAUGCUGGGAUCACAACUUGCAGCAACAUCUUUAGAAUAAACGCCUUUGGGGCCUGGGACCUAGUACAGCAGUCUAAAAACAGCAUCUGGGGCAUUUAUCAGCUGGAGUCUGCAUUUUAACUUUUUUUAGCAUAUGCAUCUGCCCAUCUCUGCUAGUUUUCAUGUUGGUGUCACAACUAGCAGCAACAUUAUUAGAAUAAAUGGUUUUGGGGCCUGAGACCUAGUAAAAUAGUCUAAGUAUAGCUCUUGGGGUAUUUGUCAGCUGAGGUUUGCAUCUUAUCUUGUUAAGCGUUCCCUUGUGGACAAACGCUCAUGCUGGUAUCUGAUUUUACACAACAAUUUGACAAACGGCCUUGAUAAAGAAAGCAAUACACGAUAAAACAAACAGAACCGGACGUUCUCUCCCUUAUUGGACUUGCUGAGAGACUUGUAGCAAAUCCACUUCCUUAAUAGCUAUCUAAUACGAGCAAUUUCUUUAAUUUUUAACAAAAUCUACUCUACUAAGAGAUCUUCGGACAUGACAAUAUUAUGCACGCAGCCUCUUGUUGGUAGAACCGUCUGCAUUGGAAUUUCUGAAUAAUGGAGACAAUUAUCUGGUCUCUUGCCGACUUUCUGCUGGUACCAAGCGGUACAAA